AGAACUUUUCACUUUCACAUAGGCACCACCGUCUUGUCUUGUGCGUCUCUUUCUUCCUUUGAUACUCUCUUCUUCAACAGUGAUCCCACAAAACCCCCCGAUUUUAGGGUUUUCAAAUUUCAGCAUUCUCAUUAUUACUCCUUUGUCCUUCUCUUCUCUCUAUUUCUCACACGCACUUUUGGUUUCAGUCUCUGAAUUGAGAUAGUUAGAGAGGGAGAGAGAGAGAGCUCGCUGCAUUUUCUGUUUUCUCGGCCAUGGAGUAUUGUGGUGUGGUGGUGGCAUUUUGACUAAAUAAGGGAUGAUACGAGGGGCAGGGUUGGGAAUCAAUGGGAGUGGCCAAGGCGUGGAGGUUUAGCGUUAUUUCGGCGAACCUGGCGCUUUUACAGCAACAAAACGGUAACCACAGCCCCAGCAGAGGCGACGGCAAGCAUCACCACCACCAUCACAGUCAUAAUGACUGCUGGAGGAGGUUGAGAUCCUGUGCGACGCAGCAGCGCAGGAAGAUCCCGUGGUCGCUAGUUUGCGGGUUAAUGCUGUUCAUUUUGGGAUUGAUUUCGCUUUUCACUGGACACGUGGCCUCUGAUCUUGAGUGGUACUCUCAGAGAUUAGUCACGCACAGCUUGGGCCGACUGCAGGAUGGAAAUCGGCGUGAACCGAUUGAUAUAUGGAAAUCCAAGUACUCAAAGCUCUUCUAUGGAUGCACUGAAAGAGGACGUAAUUUUGCUCCUGCCAAACGCGAGCGGUCAUCAAAUGGCUAUUUGCUUAUCGCAGCAAGUGGAGGGCUGAACCAACAAAGAACAGGAAUUACUGAUGCUGUAGUUGUUGCACGGAUUCUUAAUGCUACAUUAGUUGUACCGGAGUUGGAUCAUCAUUCCUAUUGGAAGGAUGAUAGUGACUUUGUCAACAUUUUCGAUAUUGAUUGGUUCAUUUCCUACCUUGCAAAAGAUGUGACCAUUGUCAAAAGAGUUCCUGAUAAAGUCAUGCGAUCAAUGGAAAAACCACCAUAUACCAUGCGUGUUCCAAGAAAAUCACCCCCUGAAUAUUAUCUAGAUCAAGUUCUGCCUAUACUAUUGAGGAGACGUGUUGUGCAAUUGACCAAGUUCGAUUAUAGGCUUGCAAAUAACCUUGAUGAUGAAAAGCUACAAAAGUUGCGUUGCCGAGUUAAUUAUCAUGCUUUAAGAUUUGCAAAACCCAUACAAGAUAUUGGUCAAAGACUUGUUAUGAAAAUGAGAAAGAUGGCAAAACAAUUUAUUGCAAUUCACUUGAGGUUUGAACCUGAUAUGCUUGCAUUUUCUGGAUGUUACUAUGGUGGGGGAGAAAAGGAGAAAUUUGAGCUAGGUGAAAUAAGAAAGAGAUGGGCAACAUUACCAGAUUUAAGUGCAGAGGAAGAGCGAGCAAGAGGGAAAUGCCCACUUACCCCUCAUGAAGUGGGAUUGAUGCUGCGUGCUCUUGGAUUUGCUAAUGACACAUAUAUCUAUGUUGCAUCUGGAGAAAUAUAUGGUGGAGAAGACACUCUGCGGCCACUUAGAGAGCUGUUUCCAAACUUCUACACAAAGGAGAUGCUUGCUAAUGAAGAGCUGAAACCUUUUCUUCCAUUUUCUUCCCGCCUGGCAGCCAUUGACUACAUAGUCUGUGAUGAAAGUGAUGUUUUUGUCACCAAUAAUAAUGGAAACAUGGCCAAGAUUCUUGCAGGUCGAAGGAGGUAUGCAGGGCAUAAGAGGACUAUCAGACCAAAUGCAAAGAGGCUGAGUGCAUUGUUAAUGGAGAGGGAUAAGAUGGACUGGGAUACAUUUGCUAAAAAAGUGAAAUCAUGCCAGAGAGGAUUCAUGGGGGAGCCGGAUGAGAUGAGACCUGGACGAGGUGAGUUCCAUGAAUAUCCAUCUCCUUGCAUCUGUGAGAAGCCAUUCAGUAAUGAAGAAAGCAAGAAUGAUGAAGCUCACCUGUUGGAGCAAGUUACUAUUAACUCCAAGGCAAAAGCACCAACUAAAGUACAUGGAGUAGCAUCAAAGUGAGAAAAGCCUUGGAAAGUCCAAGAAGAGAAGCAUGGGAGAAGAACCAAUAUAAUCUAGAGAGAGAUAUUGAGGGCGAUGAAAGCUUUCCUGAUAACAGAACUAAGACCAGGAUAUAUGGUGCGCAGAAUUUAUUCUUAUAUGGAUCAAAUUUUCUGAGAUAAUUAUGGCUCAGCCUUUUCAUCUCUUCCGCUUGCAAACCUUCAGAUGUGAAGUUUUACUCGUGGGCAUCAUAACUGAAGCCUGCUCAAAUGUGGUGAAUGAGUUGUCUUCAGUUUCUCUGGCUGGAUCAAUGUAGAGAAGGGAUAUUUGAGGAGUUGCAAUUGUUCAUAAAAUAGUUUUUGCUAGGUACACGUUUUAGGUAUGCAAUUUGGAUUUGUUCAUUUUCUCUUGCCACGCUGUGGCUUCAGUUCUGUUAUGGUGGUAGUCGUGUUAAUGGGUCGCCAAAAAUGAACAUAUUUAAAGUAAUUUUCUUAGGCCA